AUGGCGGGCACGUCCACGGGUCGGCCGGUCGUCGUCAGCAUGCCCGACGCGUCGCCGAAAGCCGUGCCGUGGCGGCCGCUGCACUUGUACGACGGCUUUUUCGGCCAUCACCGGCCGCAGCCGUAUGCGGCUACGGCAAAGAAGCCCGCGGCUCGCCGUCGCGUCACGCAACGCCCGAAGAACGCGACCGGCGGCGAGUCGUCCACUGCCGGCGCCGCGGCCGCCCCCGUCCAUUUCGCCACCGAAGAAGAGUGCGAGUCGGCCAAUCCUGGACGGGCGUGCGUAUGUCGCACGACCGAUCUCCUGGAUUUGGUCGUGCAAUGGCUGGACGAGGCGGUGAUGUCGGCGGCCGACGACGAAGUAGGCGGCGGCGAGACGGCCGCGCUGAGGUGUCGGUCGUUCAAGACCGUCCCGGCGGCGUUUGUGGUGUAUCCCGCCACGGCGGCGGCCGACGGCGACGCGACGAUUGCACCUGCCACCGACGUCCCGGUUGACGUGGUGGUCGAGCGAAACGGCGGCAAAACCGGCGGCCGUCCGAGCCGAGGCGGCAGUGGCGUCGGCGCCGUCAAAGAAGCUCCCACGUGGAAACAAAUUAAUUUCAACGAUGUCCUUAACUACCAACUGGAAAGGUCCUCGACAGACGAUCACUACGCAGUACAAUAUGGCCUAGUCGGAAGCGACACCAAAGUCCAAUGUGUAAUCAACGGUAACGGAACAAAAAUGAAUUCGUUCAAAUGGGAUUUUAAACGGGGCAAACAUAAAACUAAUUCUACGGUCACCGGCACAGAUACGAAUAUCUUAUUGAUAUUGGCCAUGGAACCUGGAGAUAGUAAAAAUUAUACUUGCAUACCAAAAACAGAUGUGGUCGGAGAUUCUAAAAAUGGCGCUUCCAACAAACAGUAUAAGCAUUACGUUAUAGCCGUUGAAAAAGCCAUUUACGAGAUCCGCGGAUCAGCGGUUUACAAAACUCGCGAUGGCGGCGGUUGUACGCACGAGCUAACCGUUCGCGUACAAAAACAAUUACCAAGUUCCAUGCUUUCCGUACUGUGUCCAGAGGGUUCGUCGGAGUACGCAUGCAACGUCAUCGUGGAAAAUCCAAAGUGUGCCGAAGACGAAAGAACGAUAGAAAUAAAAUAUUUGGUAAUGUUAAACGACAAUUCUACGUAUUUGGCUCGGAUAAGAACGAACAAGAAAGGUCGAAUCGCACUGCGCUACCAAAAACUAUUGGCGAAAAUAUCGAGUGUCUUGGCUUCAAACCUUAAUAAAACGAUGACGGUUCCAAUAAUGUCUAAGUUGUCGUUGAUCGGAACAAAUUUUGCACCUGAUCACAUAAGUACAUACAAUUUCAUUUCUUGUUCACCGGGUUUCGGCAUUCGGGAGGUGUUUUGUGCUGCUUGUCCGCCACAACAUUACAGUCCGGACAAAUCCAUUAAAUGUUUAAAAUGUGCCAAAGGUUUUCAUCAACCGGUCGCCGGAUCAGAAAAAUGCGUCAAGUGUACAAAUAUUUUUACCAGUGGUUGUCAUAUGAAUGAAAUUUCAUCGACCGUGUAUUAUGUCAUCUAUUUAAUUAUUUUUUUGGUUCUUUUAUUUAUUGCGUGUUUCUGUGCGUUUUAUGGCCGCGAAGAGAAAGAAAAAAGCAUAAAUAUGAUACCGAGGAAAAUUAGGAAAAGAUUUAAGAAAAAGAAAAAAUACAGUUUGCUUUCCCAAACGGAAGAUACAGCAGAUAAUAGCACAGCACAUAAUAGCAGCGUAGAUUAGGUUUUUAGGUAAUAACCAGAUGGUGGUGUAGACCAGAACUCUGACACAGAUACUCGCGUGAUCAUGAAGUAUAAAGAGUUAACCUGGUGAUUUGGAACAUAUUAAAAAGUUAUCGUGGUGAAAUAUCUUCAAGACACAGAUAACCAACGAUCAGCUACGAGGACAAUUUCAUUUGAACGGACAUCUCCUCAAUCAAAGGACGCGACAUUGGACGACCAAGUCCUGGAAUAACUAAAGACUGUCCUUUUCAUGACAAUGACGUACAAAUCAAGUCCCCUCAAGCGCGCCUGAAUAGGCCACGCUUUACGCGAACGGAGGUUGUGAUUAGACGCAACUUAUUUGAACGGAUCUAAUUCAAUCUUCCUGUUUCAUCCAUCA